CGAACUCAAUGGGCCUUCAGUCUGAUCCCGUGAGAGCUCCUCUUGUGCUCUCCAUAAUGACAAGAACGGAUAAUUAUUGUUGCCUCUGCUUUAUAUACGGUAUAUUAUAAAAUGAAUUUAUUUUUUUAAAAAACUACACCAAAAGAAGACACCAAAAAUCUCAAUGACAAGAGCAGCAGCUAAGCUGCUCCUCCUCCUCCGUUUCAGUCUCACUGACAGCUUAGCUCUGAGCUGGGAAGAGGUGAGUCAGACAAGAGCUGCAGUCCAAGCAAGAGAGGCAGAAGCUCCCUGCUGCUGCUCAGGCAGUGAACUUUCACAACUCCCCCUGACAAGAGGGUCCUUUCCUACAGGUGUUCACAAGGAGUGACACUGGUAUGAAGAAAAUGUAGAAAGAAUGAAAUGACAGACGAUUAAAAUUAUGCCUGCCUUGCUGGGGGUUUACGUGGUCACUCUUUGCAGAAGAUGGAUAACUUUUCCGAGGACAUCGCAGACAACAAUAAUACUCUGAAUUGCACCAUUGAUCACACCAUACACCAGACAUUAUCACCUGUGAUCUAUGUCCUUGUCUUUGUAGUAGGACUCCCAGCCAACUGUCUCUCGUUGUACUAUGCCUACUUGCAGGUGAAGGUCAAGAAUGAGUUGGGGAUCUACCUUUGCAAUUUGACCAUAGCAGAUCUGCUUUACAUCUUCUCCCUGCCCUUUUGGCUCCAGUAUGUUUUGCAGCAUGACAACUGGACCUAUGAUGAACUCCUAUGCAAGAUUUGUGGCAUUGUCUUGUAUGAAAAUAUUUACAUCAGUGUUGCCUUCCUCUGCUGCAUCUCAAUUGACCGUUACCUGGCUGUGGUGCAUCCUUUUCGCUGCCAUCAGUUUCGGACAGUGAAGGCUGCCGUGGUGGUGAGCAUUGCCAUCUGGACCAAGGAAAUUCUGACCUCCUGCCUUCUUUUUACGCACGGUGAAGUGACUAAAGACUCAGAGAGCCAUGUGGUGUGCUUUGAGCAUUAUCCCAUCAAAACAUGGGAGCACAGCAUAAAUUAUUACCGUUUCACGGCUGGUUUCCUAUUUCCCUUUUGUCUGCUCAUUUUCUCUUACUAUGGCAUUCUGCGAGUUGUCCGCAAGAGCCAUGGCACUCAGAAGAAGAAGAAGAUUCAAAUUAUACGUCUGGUGUCGAGCACAAUUAUCAUUUUCUUGGUGUGCUUCGGACCAUAUCAUGUUCUAUUGCUGAUCCGCAGCAUCUUUGAAAACAGCUGUGAAUUUGCUGCCAGCAUCUUUAACUUGUACCACAUCACACUUUUGUUGACUACUUUUAAUUGCGUUGCAGACCCAAUAUUGUAUUGCUUUUCAAGUGAGAGUACCUAUCAGUAUUUUGCAAAAUUAGGAGACACUUGUUUAAAGUGCCUAAGAUGUAUACAGACAGAAACCAAGGAAUCCUAUGCAAUGAGUACUCCAGAAACUGUAAAAAAAAUCCGGGAGCAGGCUGAGCUGGACCCAGAGUUGUUAACUAAGUUACAUGCUCGUAAAGUGGAAGAAACAUCUAUCAGCACUUUACCAAAGGAAGGAGUGAUCUAACGUCUGUGUACAUUUGCUCACUUCCCUUUUUGGAGUAUAGAUGUAUAGGAAUUAUUAUAUCUUGCAAAGAGGGACAAUAGUUCAAAAAGGCAAUCAACUGCACUAUGCUGAUAUUCUUUUUUUUGGUAACAUAGUUUUCAUUCAUUUUCAGCUUUAAUCUGUUUUGGUUGCAUUGAGAUAUACCUUUGUAAACAUCAGAGCAUAUGAUAUGCAACAAUUUCAUAAAAUUGAAACAAUAAACACUCAGAUAAGCAUUUCUGAAUAUAUUAACAAAGUUGUGUCUAAGGGUAUAUACCAAAAUUAUUGCAAUUAUUACAGAUAUGAGAUGAUGUAAAGUAACAUGUAUUGCUUAGAUUGAUGACCACAAGGUAUUUUGUAUCAGUAACAAUUAAAAUUUAUAGGAUAGGGCAGGGAGGAGAGAAGGUGUGGGGGGAAAAGUACUUAAUGCACACCAGACUGUGCUGUAAACUAUGGGUACCACAUGCUUCAUUAUUUGUGUAGCCAAUAAAAUCAUACCAGACUACAUAAAAAUUGUUGUAUUUCAUUUUGAACCCUUGCUACUUUUAAUUUUUGUGUCAGCUUUUCCAUAGUUAAUAACUGUAAUGAUUUCCAUUUCCUGGCAACAGUUGUUCAGGCAGUGGUUAAAUUAUGUUUUCUUUGUUUCUAAUUCGCAACAUAUAAUGACUAUAUAAGUUAAGAGGAUCCAGUUCUGGCGUCAUGAGGACUGUCUGACUUGUAAUCAAAGAUAUUUCUGUAAAUACAUUUCUCCAGAACCUUUCUAUUUUUUGACACUCCCACCACAUGUGCUAUGUCCCUAUAGUGGGGCAUCCUCCCCAACACAUGGGAGAACUGUUUGGUUUUAUAUAGGCUAGGUGUCUAGGUGUUAAGUACUAGAUGCACACAAUUUUAAGGGCUCUUUUCUGAUCGUUGCCAAUGUGUAUGGUGUUUUUAUCUAUAGUCUGUUCUGUGUCAGUGGGUCCCUAAGUUCUAAACAACCAUUUUGGUUUCCCUAUGCUGAUAUUCUUCAUUCCACCUGGGGAAUUCCUUAGUUCCUUUAAAGUCAUUUAGAGCUUUACUCUAGAGCAGGCUAAUUAUAUAAAGUGACUAAUCAUACAUCCUAUGCAUAUUGCUGACUCAGUCCUGCAAAAUAUUGUAUCUGAAGACACGACUUGUAGAAAUAAAUGUAUUAGU